CUGGCUCGGUUGUGUUUUUGCACUUUCCACCCCCAUAAUGUUUCUUGCACUUCUGCUUGUCCAUGCCCACAAGUUGACUCCCCACACUCGUUCCCUUUGUACGGAUCGAGGUAAUCGCACGCCGAUGCGCCUUGGUCAAGGAGCCAUGCCGUCGCAUUUGUGCACUUCUCGUGGUCCACAUUUGUGCAAUUUCGUUGCCCUUCCUUCCCCUCCGGCGGGUGCGCUUAAUAUUUAUAUCGCCAUCCUCUCCACGCUUUUCUCUUGUUUCUUAUCUGCAUCGCUCUUCUCUAUUACUGACUGGUACUUUUGUCUCGUCACUGUCAUAUAUAUCUUGGUUUAUGAUCCUUUCGUCCUGGUUUCCAAAUAUCUAUCUCCUCAUGGUGUCCAGCAAGAAACGCUCUCGCCAAAGUGCGCUAUCAUCACCUGCUCCAAGUCAUACCAGGUCGACCUCUCCCACCGUCACUCCUCUCACCAACAACACUUCCCCAUACGAUGCCACUUCCUAUUCCUCCCUUAAGAACACUCAGUCCCAUCUUGGCACACCACCCAACACCUCACCCUACGCCCACACCUCACAUACCCAAUACAACACCUCAUCCUCUCCUCAACAUCUCUCUCGCGCUCAUCCAAUUCCAACACCUAGCUACAACUACACAACACAUCCUCAUGACACCACAAACUUCUCAAUGCAACGUUUCGAAGAACCUUCUCCCUUCCCUUACCAUCGCUACACACCUUACUUCCCGCCCACAACCUCCUUCACCUCCUCCUCUCCUUACAACAACACGUCCCAAUCCUCAACAUCUACCACUGCAUCCACCAUUCACUCUCGCAACUACACAGUCCAAGCUCAAGCCGGCUCCUUCACUUCAGAUCCAUACCGCCAAACUCGUCGCGAGUCGCAUCCACAACCUCCUUCCAACACAACUUAUUCUGGCACGUGGGGACAGGAUGAUCUAUCGGGAGUUGGUGGACAGUUUGGUUACCAAGAUGAAGGUUAUGGGGAUAUGACUUACUCUGAUGUGGAGGACGAGCUUGAGUUGUGAAGCUUCCAAAGUUUCACGGGCAGUGGCGAAUCACGUGGGCGCUGGGUUGUGAUAUGAGUUGGAGUAUUGGGAAUGGGAAGGGAAGCUUGGGAUGACUGGCGUUAUGAAAAUGUGGGCUGCAAUAGGAUAGGAUGGUGUACGGAUACCUUUUGUCUUGGUCUGUUGAUUAUUGAUUUCGGUUGAGGUUACUCCGCUCUGGAAACCUCGGACCGUUCCGUUCCAUUUCUUGGGGCCGGACAAUCAAAAUAGGAUAGUGCGUGAUGAAGCUUACUUGAGCUCAGCUCAGCUCAAAAGGAAU